UAUGGUUCUUCUUUGUGAGCACGACGCACGGGAAGAAGAUCUGUUUACAAUCCCAAACCCACGCUGAUUAUUAUUAUUAAUAAUAUUUGGCAUCUUAUUAUUGUUUUUACGAAAACAAAGUGGAGCGCAGUCGGUCCGUAUUGUAUAAAGUGCCUGAUAAGUGCGGGAAAGAAGGGUUAAAGAGAGAGACCGGGGAGAGAGAGGGAGUGUGUCCUUGUAAGUAUGGAUGAGAAUAAGCAGAGAGGGAGAGGAGACGCUCGGCGUGCCGGGGAGUCCGAGGUGAGAGCUCCGUCCCCGGGACACGCGCCUCCUCCUCAUCCUCCUCAUCCUCAUCCUCCGCCACCGCCGCCUCCUCACCGCGUCACCAACUUCUUCAUCGACAACAUCCUACGUCCGGAUUUCGGACGCAAAAAGCCGGAUGAAAGUGUGCUGAGACGGAAUGAAAGCAGCCCGGGACAGCCGGGAGAUGCUGGAGAGGUUGGACAGGUGUCCUCCACGGAGAGCACCUCCACACCACACACGGGCAAGAAAGCCGACACGGUGACAGACGACGAGCCGCUGAAAGUGCGAGGAGAAAGCAAGGAGCAGUGCCUGAGCUCGGACUCGGAGCUUUCUCAACCCAACUCGUCCACUUUAACCCAGAAUCAGCCCAUGCUCUGGCCCGCCUGGGUUUACUGCACGCGCUACUCGGACCGGCCCUCGGCAGGUCCCCGAACCCGCAGACCAAAGAAGAGCAGCAGCAGCAGCAGCAAGGAGGACAAGCGGCCGCGCACCGCCUUCACGGCCGAGCAGCUGCAGCGCCUGAAGGCGGAGUUCCAGUCGAACCGGUACCUGACGGAGCAGAGGCGGCAGAGCCUGGCCAACGAGCUGGGCCUUAAUGAGUCGCAGAUCAAAAUCUGGUUCCAGAACAAGAGGGCCAAAAUCAAGAAGGCUUCGGGAAUUAAGAACACGCUGGCACUGCACCUGAUGGCCCAGGGCCUGUAUAACCACGCUACCACCACCAAGGACGACAAAUCAGAUAGCGACUGA